AGGAUCAAAGGCACCUUUCUUCUGCUCUGUCUUAUAAAGGCAGCUACCCCACUGCAUGCAGCACAGACUUGGAAGAAACUCCAGAGCCUCCUCCAAGAUGCUGGUUGUCCUACUCACAGUGGCCUUGCUGGCCCUGAGCUCUACUCAGCGCUUCAGUGAAGGAUUCCCCCAAGGACCCCCUCCCAAGCAAGGCUUUGGUCCCCAGCAAGGCCCACCCCAGCAAGGUCAGCAGCAGAACCGGCCCCCUCAGCCAGGAAACCAGCAAGGCCCACCCCAACAAGGAGGACCACAGCAGAACCAAGGCCCUCAGCCAGGAAACCAGCAAGGCCCACCCCAACAGGGGGGACCACAGCAGAACCAAGGCCCUCAGCCUGGAAACCAGCAAGGCCCACCCCAACAGGGAGGCCCACAGCAGAACCGACCCCCUCAGCCUGGAAACCAGCAAGGCCCACCCCAACAAGGAGGACCACAGCAGAACCAAGGCCCUCAGCCAGGAAACCAGCAAGGCCCACCCCAACAGGGAGGCCCACAGCAGAACCGACCCCCUCAGCCUGGAAACCAGCAAGGCCCACCCCAACAAGGAGGCCCACAGCAGAACCAAGGCCCUCAGCCUGGAAACCAGCAAGGCCCACCCCAACAGGGAGGCCCACAGCAGAACCGACCCCCUCAGCCUGGAAACCAGCAAGGCCCACCCCAACAAGGAGGACCACAGCAGAACCAAGGCCCUCAGCCUGGAAAUCAGCAAGGUCCUGCCCAACAGGGAGGCAGACCUCAAGGACCUUCCCAGGGCCAGCGUCCUCAGUAAUCAAAGAUACAUUGUCAGAAAAUGAGUGAGAAGAUAAUGGCCUUGCUGGACAGUGCAGCUGGAAUAACCUGGCCAUAAUUUAUCUUCAAAUUACCAAUAAAAUCACAAGCCUGCAA